AUGACCGAAACUCAGCCUUCCAAGCGCUUCCGCGUCACGAUCAUCAGCGCCAGAGUCUCCGGUAUCCUCAUGAAAGACAAGAUCCUUCAGCAGGACUAUUUUAGUCAGCACGUCGAUUUUCACAUCUAUGGAAAAACACCCGAAGUUGGCGGGACCUGGUUCGAGAACCGCUAUCGGGGUUACGCAACAUCCUUGGAGAUCCAAUCAUACCUCAAAGCAGUCGCUCAGAAUUACAAUCUCAAUCCUCGCAUUAGUCUCAACAGCCGUGUUGAGCAUGCAUUAUGGGAUCAAGACCGCGGGAUCUGGCGUGUGGAUAUUGCGAACUAUGGGAUUAUCGAAAGUCAGAUCCUCAUCAACGCCGGUGGAAUCCUCAAUAAUCCGCAGAUGCCUGGUCUCCGGGGCAUGGAUACUUUCAACGGCCCAAUACUGCAUACAGCGGCCUGGGACCACACAUUGAUCUAG